CGGCGAGGCCUUCAAGUUCGACCUGCGCUGCUGGGCGCUGCUCGUCGGCGGCGGCGAGGCGGCCCUCGACGCCUACGCCCACGAGCCCUGCUACGCGCGGCUCUGCUCGCGGCCCUUCGCGCUCGACGACGCGACUUUAGGCGACCCCUGCGCGCACCUGUCGAACCUGGCGGUGCAGAAGCGCGGGCCGGGCCGGGUCGACGAGGCGGCGCUCAUGCGCACGCAGGAGGCCCUCGAGGCAAGGCUCGGCGGCGCCUGGGAGCGAACGGUCGCGCCGAAGAUCCGACGCAUCGUCGCGACGCUCGCGCGCUGCGCGCUCCAGCACGCGAGCCCGCGGGGCCGGUCCUUCGAGCUCCUGGGCGUGGACGUCGUGUUGGACACGAAUCUCCAGCCCUGGCUCCUCGAGUGCAACCUGAGCCCCGCGCUCGCGCGGCGGAGCGACGACCAGUCGCGGCGCAUCGACGCGAUGCUGCGGGGCGCGCUCCGGCGGACCGUCGACGUCUGGUUCCCCUUCACGGCCGAGGCGCCGCGCCACGACGACGGCUGGCGCAAGGUCGCGUCGCUGCCCGCGCCGCCGCCGCCGCUCAAGCGCGCGCGCGCGGCGGACCUCUCGGUCGCGGGCGUCGGCCUCCGGGGCGACGACCUGCUCGCCCGCGACGCGAGCGUCGGCCCCCUCGCGGCCUGGAAGGCGCUGCGAGCCUGGUGGCCCGAGGCCCUCGCGCGCCGCCGCGCCGCGCUCUGCCGGCGCAACGUCGCCGCGACGUUCAUACAGACGCUGCGGCGCUGCCAGCUCGCGCGGCGCCUGCGCUACCGCCUCGGCGUGCUGCGCGCCUGGCGCCGGAACCGCGCGGCGGCGCGCGUCCAGGCGCGCGCGCGCGUCGGGCCCCGGCGGCGGCGCCUGCGCGACCUCCGCCGCGCGGCCGCG